AUUCCCUCUCCAACCAAUCCCAUCUGAGCAACGGCUCUGCCCCUAACAAAGAUGGCGCGGGAGGCCGCUGUGAGGGCAGGCUGAGCAGUACGCCCGAACCCGCGGCGGACAGCGAAGGCAGUGGUAGCAGCGCGGCCCCAACCAUGGAGGAGGGCGGCAGCACUGACAGCGGUGGCAGCGACAGCAGCACCAGCGGGAGUGGCGGAGCGCAGCAAAGGGAAUUGGAGCGCAUGGCUGAGGUCUUGGUCACUGGGGAGCAGCUACGGCUCAGGCUACAUGAAGAAAAGGUGAUUAAAGAUAGACGGCAUCAUCUCAAAACCUACCCAAACUGCUUUGUCGCAAAAGAACUGAUUGACUGGCUGAUUGAACACAAAGAGGCUUCCGACAGAGAGACGGCAAUUAAACUCAUGCAGAAAUUAGCAGACCGGGGCAUUAUUCAUCACGUAUGUGAUGAGCAUAAGGAGUUCAAGGAUGUCAAACUCUUCUACCGCUUCCGAAAAGAUGAUGGCACCUUCCCAUUGGACAAUGAAGUGAAGGCCUUCAUGAGAGGACAGAGGCUAUAUGAGAAGCUGAUGAGCCCCGAAAACACACUUCUGCAGUCCAGGGAGGAGGAAGGAGUCAAGUACGAGCGUACCUUCAUGGCAUCUGAAUUCCUGGAUUGGCUGGUUCAGGAAGGUGAGGCCACCACAAGGCAGGAGGCAGAGCAGCUUUGCAACCGGCUUAUGGAGCACGGCAUCAUACAGCAUGUGUCCAAUAAGCACCCAUUUGUGGACAGCAAUCUACUCUACCAGUUCAGAAUGAACUUCCGUCGGAGGCGAAGACUGAUGGAGCUGCUCAAUGAAAAGUCCUCCUCCCCCCAGGAAACUCACGACAGUCCUUUCUGCCUCAGGAAGCAGAGCCACGACAACCGGAAAUCUACCAGUUUUAUGUCAGUCAGCCCUAGCAAGGAGAUCAAGAUCGUGUCUGCAGUGAGGAGGAGCAGCAUGAGCAGCUGUGGCAGUAGCGGCUACUUUAGCAGCAGCCCCACGCUCAGCAGCAGCCCCCCUGUGCUCUGCAACCCCAAGUCUGUGUUAAAGAGACCUGUCACCUCUGAGGAACUCCUAACUCCUGGGGCUCCAUACGCAAGGAAGACAUUCACGAUUGUUGGUGAUGCGGUUGGCUGGGGCUUUGUGGUGCGAGGAAGUAAGCCCUGCCACAUCCAGGCUGUGGACCCGAGCGGCCCCGCAGCCGCAGCGGGAAUGAAGGUCUGUCAGUUUGUCGUGUCUGUAAAUGGGCUCAAUGUGCUGCAUGUAGACUACCGGACAGUGAGCAAUCUGAUUCUGACGGGGCCCCGGACAAUUGUCAUGGAAGUCAUGGAGGAACUAGAAUGCUAAGCAAACCGACGUCCACCCAGCCCUUCUGUGUCCUGUGGGUAUCCAAAGCCAGAACAACGCGAAGUAGUGCAAUAACAAGACUUCCAUGCAGUGGAUGGCUUUGGACAUAUGGAUCUUUUCUCCGUGCAUACAUAUCUUAAUUUGAGUUUCGUAUACUGUUUGAUUUGUGGAAGAACCGGGUAACGUGUCUUAAAAAAUAUUAUGUCAGUGUAAAAAGUAUUUGGGAAACAGAAUUUCCUACAUGGUAGAAUUGCCUUACUAGAUUUCUAUUUGUAGUUCUCAUUCAUUGUUUUUUUAUCUUAAUUAGUUGGCAGAACGAUGUUGAAAUGCUAUUUUAGUCAAAACAGCAACAUGUUAAAAUCUUCUUCAUGGGAGUCGAUAGAGUAGUUUUACAUACACUAAAUAUGUACUGUCACCAAAAUUAACAUGGAAUUGUUUAAUAGAGGAUCUAAAUUUCACCUAGCUUCAAAUUAAAGCAGCAUCCAAAGGUCGUUAACUAGCAUUUUGAAGAAAGUUCAAGUGCUUAAAAGCCAUCAAAAAAUGAUUUUUCUUAAAUCCUGCCUUUAGUAACAACUUUUAACAUGUAUUUUCAAUUAUGGCAUUUGUUGAAAAAACAAAGCAAAACAAAAAACGCUUGUGGUGGAGGCAGAGGUGGAUGGGGGCGUACUACUUAAAAUUGUGCGGUCCCCAUUCUCUCUUUCUGAGCCGUUCAGUCUACAAAUCAGCAAGAGCAGCUUUCUAAAAUUAAUCCUGAAUGUGUUGAAUGUCAAAACAGAAAAGUUUGUAUAUAUACGUAUAGCUCAAAAAUCAAGCCUGACAAGACUUCACUGGAAGGUGCCCUUUUUUAAACUAAGUAUUCUAGAAAUUAGCCCAUAUGUGAUAAAAUCUUGAACUCUUAAAUUACCUUCUAGGCCUGAAUUCCUACUAGCUUUCUAGUGUAACAGGUUCUAACAACAUGACAUGCUGCUUGUUUGGGGGAAUUAUUUUUCACCAAAAUCACCAGAUGGUGUUGUAGGUUUUCGAUUCACUUGUAUAUAUGCAUGUUUCCCUUUUUUUGAUCCAGAAAAGAGUACAUUUUGGGGUUUGGUGUAUAGAGGAAAUUCCUCAAAGUGCCAAAUUAGGGAGUCAGAAUGCUAAAUUCUUCUUAAUUUCAUAUAAUGAAUUCUGAAUGACCAGGUUACUUUCUUACUACACAUUUACAAAAUAAAAUAUGAAUACUGUACCUCAGUCAUUUCUUUGUGGUGGGUUAUCACAGUGUAUUCAUACUAGUGGGAUAGACAUACCAUGCUAACAACUUUGUGUGUGUGUGUAAUUCAAUUUUUCUGAUCUGUAGCUUUAGUCAGAGAAUAGAAUUGUGAUGUAAUGUAGAAUGUCUAACAUUAAUACUGUUAAUCUAAAUUGGAGAAAUAUUAUCGUCUCAAUGGGUGUGUGCAUUUAUACUGUGUGCCAGACUGUCUGCUAUGGCAUUUAACAUAUAUUAUUUACUUAAUCCUGAUCACAACCCUACAAGGUAGAUACUAUCAGUCUCAUUUUUCAGAUGUGGAAACUAAGUCUGAGCAAAAUUUAAAAUGUUCUCAGUUCACACAACUGCAGGGAUUACUGAGUGAUACAGCUUGGAUUCCAACACAGUCUGUUUAAUGCCCAUGCUUUUUGUUCCCUCCUCCCGUACUACCAUUAUUUUGGGAAACUGUGAGGUCAAUACUAUCAUUAUCUCCAUUAAAGAAAAAAAGAAGUUAGUCAUGUGCUGUGUACAAGUAAAGGAGUUUCUCAUAGGUAUCUACUUAGGAGGAGAAUUGCUAAAUCAUAGGAAAUGUGAACCCUCAACUUUACAAGUUCACAUCUGCAAAAUAAAAUUAAAAACAGUCAUCUUACUGUGAUUUCAAGGGGUUUCUGUUACCCACGGACCCUAAAAUUUAACAGUAAAAGCCUGACCCAGAACUGUAAAACUGUUAACUUGGUUUUUCACCAGGAAUUGCUAAUCUAUUUUGCAGCAGUGUUAACUUGUCUCUUCCUUUUUAAAGAGUGUGCUCAAUAACAAACCCAUUACCUCGUGAUUUAAUGAAAAAGGCUAUGUGCUCCCCCAACUCAACUGCAAAGAAUCUCAUAGUUAAAAUCAUGUAAAUAGCCAGGUUUUCCAGGAGACUUUUUUUUAUGCUUAAUCAGUAAUUGUUAAGUGGUUUGU